AUGCCUGAUUCACGUAAAUCAACAACAACGUUACAUUGGCUCGAUUUGGAAACAAAUAAGAGUGUUCAAUUGACGCGACAAAUUUGGGGAAUACACGAUGGACAAUUCUUUUGGGUUGAUAAUGAUACUAUUCUCUUUUUAUCUAAUCGAGCUUCAUCAGGUCUUCGUCAAAUUUUUCAACUUACGCUUCCUGUCGAUUUAUUAAAAACAACUAUUACUUUCAUUGAGCCGAUUCAAAUAACAAAUUAUUCAUUGAAUAUUGAUAAUCUGUUAGUGAAUAGACAAGCAUCACGUCUUGCAUUUAGCUGUCAAGUCUAUUCAAAUUUAACGAUCGAAGAAACAUUUGCUCGACAAACAGCUGAGAAAAAUAGCGGUCGUUCAGUUUACCAAUUCGAUAAGCUAUUUGUCCGACACUGGGAUGAAUAUAUGACAGGUCCACGCCACCAUCCGUUUCUGGUUUCAAUCGAACGACAAGUCAAUGGAAUAUUCAAAUUUUCUUCGGAACCGAUUGACGUACUUUUCAAUGUAGAUAGUGAUUCACCGACAAGACCUUUUGGUGAUGCUCAAUCACAAUGGUCAUUCAGUGCAACUGGUAAUUCGUUUGCAUACACUCGACAAUAUGAUGAAACGAGUGCUGUAGCUUGGUCAACCAAUUUAGAUAUUUACACCGUGGAUUUGAGUAUGCCUGAACAACCGAGUCUGUGUAUUACUUGCGAGAAUUUGGCAACCGAUACCGAUCCGUCUUAUUCACCAACAGAUGAUAAUGUGUUGGUCUACCGAUCACAGUCAAAACCAGGAUACGAGUCUGAUCAAUUCAAAAUAAAAUGGUACAAUGGAUCGAAUUCGAAAAUAACGCUACUUGACAAUUGGGAUCGAAGUAUUCAAGCUGUGACAUGGUCCCAUGAUGGUCAAUCUCUUUUUCUUGAACUUGGUGAAGAAGCAAGGAAUGUCAUCUAUCAUUUAUUGAAUCUAUUGAAAAAUGAAUCCCUCACUCGUCUAGUAAGUAGUGGUACAUCACGCGAUGUUAAUGUUCAUCCUAUCAACAGUCGAAUGUUCGUUUUUACUCAUCAAAGUUUCGUCGAGCCAAUCAAUAUUUAUUUAUAUUCGUCGGAUAGAUCGAUGCGAUCCCUCACUAAUCAUAACAAAGCUCUAUUGGCCAAAGUGAAAAUAAGUCCAACGGCUGAGACUUUUUCGUUUUCAGGUGCUCGGGGUGACAAAGUUUGGGGAUGGCAUAUGCCUCCAUCGAGUGGCACUGAGAAACAAGCUCCACUUGCUUUUCUCAUUCAUGGCGGUCCGCAAAGUAGCUGGUACGAUGCAUGGGGCUAUGGAUGGAAUUUUCAAACAUAUUCUUCUCAGGGCUACGCUGUCAUAGCUAUCAACUUUCAUGGUUCCGACUCAUAUGGACAGAACUUUACAGAUAGUAUUAUAGGCAACUAUGGUUCGUUACCUUUCGAAGAUCUUCAGUUGGGGCUUAGUUAUGCUCUCAAUAAGUUUCCAUAUAUUGAUCCUAGCCGAGCUGUAGCAUUGGGUGCUAGCUAUGGCGGAUAUAUGAUCUAUUGGAUUGCUGGACAUCCAGAAAUGAGCCUUCGUUUUAAAACACUUAUUUCUCAUAAUGGUGUAUUUGAUACGAGAUUUAAGGGUUAUUCAACAGACGAGUUAUGGUUCGCUGAGCACGAUGUAGGUGGCUACACUCCAUGGGCUAAUCCCAAUGCUUACGAACGUUAUAAUCCAGUUAAUCAUGUUGCGAAUUGGACUCAACCAAUGUUAAUUAUUCUCGGUGCUCGUGAUUAUCGUGUGCCUGAUACUCAAGGAAUUGGCGCCUUUAAUGCUUUGCAGCGUCGUGGCAUUGAGAGUCGGUUACUCUAUUUUCCCAACGAAAACCAUUGGAUACUAAACACUCUUAAUUCACUUGUAUGGUAUGAAAAAGUGCUAGAUUGGAUGCACAAAUGGACAAAUUAG